CGCUGGCUGUUUGGGUCCGGCCCGCGGGAAUCGUGUCAUGUCGCGACCGAAGAAUCAAAAUUACAAGGGCCAUGGAUUGUCAAAGGGAAAAGAGCGAGAGCAAAGAGCAUCAAUCCGGUUCAAGACCACCCUUAUGAACACGCUCAUGGACGUCCUUCGCCACAGACCGGGAUGGGUGGAAGUGAAGGAUGAAGGGGAGUGGGAUUUCUACUGGUGUGACGUCAGCUGGCUCCGGGAGAACUUCGACCACACCUACAUGGACGAGCACGUGCGGAUCAGUCACUUCCGGAACCACUAUGAGCUGACCCGCAAGAACUACAUGGUGAAGAACCUGAAGCGGUUCCGGAAACAGCUGGAGCGAGAGGCGGGAAAGCAGGAGGCAGCCAAGUGCGACUUCUUCCCCAAAACCUUCGAGAUGCCGUGCGAGUACCACCUGUUUGUGGAGGAGUUUCGCAAAAACCCGGGAAUCACCUGGAUCAUGAAGCCGGUAGCCCGGUCGCAGGGGAAGGGCAUCUUCCUCUUCCGGAGGCUGAAGGACAUCAUGGACUGGAGGAAGGACACAAGAAGCUCUGAUGACCAGAAAGAUGAUAUUCCCGUGGAGAACUACGUGGCUCAGCGUUACAUCGAAAAUCCCUACCUGAUAGGAGGCCGCAAGUUUGACCUGCGUGUCUAUGUGCUGGUGAUGUCGAUGUCUGCCGGGUGCCUGCUGUGGUCUGGGCACGGGAGACACAAUGUUCACCUCACCAACGUUGCUGUGCAGAAGACGUCUCCCGACUACCACCCGAAGAAGGGCUGCAAGUGGAUGCUCCAGCGCUUCCGGCAGUACCUGGCGUCCAAGCACGGGCCCAAGGCGGUAGAGACGCUCUUCAGCGACAUGGACAACAUCUUUGUCAAAAGUCUGCAGAGCGUGCAGAAGGUGAUCAUUAGUGACAAGCACUGCUUCGAGCUGUACGGCUAUGACAUCCUCAUCGACCAGGACCUCAAACCGUGGCUCCUGGAGGUCAAUGCCUCCCCGUCGCUGACAGCCAGCAGCCAGGAGGACUAUGAGCUCAAGACCUGCCUCCUGGAAGACACCCUGCACGUCGUGGACAUGGAAGCCAGGCUCACAGGAAGGGAGAAGCGAGUCGGGGGCUUUGACCUCAUGUGGAAUGAUGGCCCUGUCAGCAGAGAAGAGGGGAUGCUGAGGAUGGGAAACUUCGUGACCAACACGCACCUUGGCUGUGUCAACGAUCGGAAAAAACAGCUGAGGCAGCUGUUCUGCUCCCUUCAAGUCCAGAAGAAAGCUUCCAGUUGAUCCCCGGCUACUGGGAGGAGAGCGGCCCUGGGAGGUGCCACCCAAGUCCCUCCCCACCCCCAGAUUCCAGCACAGCAGCACCUCACAGCAUUCGCCUCCCUCCCUCCGGCCUGGCAGCAGCUUCGCUGGCUCAGCAGCUGCUGCUUGCUGCUUGGAUUGGCCCCUGGAUACCUCCACCCCGUCCCUGGGCAUCUUUGCACCAAGAGACAGCCAAUCCCCAGGACUGGAUGGGUUUUAACCUUGACAGGUUGGCUGGGCUAUUGGGCCCAAAGAGGACAAAUGCAGCAAGUUCUGCUACCCCAGAGAGAUCACACCUAAUGAAUGAGCACAGGCCUGGCUCAGAGGAUGCUGUUGGCUGCAGUCAAGUCCUCCUGGCUUUGAUACUCGGACGUCUCUGAGGUCAGUGCUGAAUGGGUCCUUCAGGAGCAAGAGUUCAGAGGCUAAGGAACUUGUCUUUAAGCUGUGCUUGCAAAGCAGUUACCAGACUGUGUGUUUGCUGGGAGUCUGGGGAAGUGCUGAGCCCUAAACACAUCCUCUCCUCCUUGCACAUCAGGGGAACCCAUGGGCCACCAUUUGAAAUAACCAGUGGGCCACAGCGUCCCCAUUCUCAGGUGGACAAGGUGAGGAUCAGGAAGCUGCUUAGUGAGGGUCUCUGCAAUGAUGCAUUUAUCUAAGUCAGCUGGGUCACCUACGUGCCUCUCAGGCCCUUCC